UCAUUUGGAGGGCAGAGUGGGGUUGUGGAUGUGUGUGUGCGGAAUGCAGGCAGCGGUUGGAAACCACGGUGGCAGAUUACGGAGUCUCCCUCGCAUCUGUUCGGUACCCGGCCUACUUCCAUACCUUAAGACAAGCAAGCCGCUCUUCUUCCUUGCUUAACUCUGUCUCUCCCUUCCUUUAUCUCUGCACUACCACUCUGCAAUCCUGGGGAAUACCGAUUCAGCUUUCUGUAGCUUUCAGAAGUCUGCCGUUCACAUCCCUGCCAAACAGCCCAAACACAGGCAGUAUAUGGAUAGAAGUUAUUUGCUUCAGCUCAUCCAAGAGCAGCUGGAUCCAGAAAAUACUGGUUUUGUUGGUGUUGAGAACUUCGCAAGCUUGGUGGGGAACCAUGAGCUGCAGCUGGACCCGGCAAAGCUGGAGAUGUUUUUGGCUUUGGCUCAGAGCAACGAACAAGGACAGAUCUGCUACCACGAACUCAUUGAGCUGAUGAACAGCAAGAGAUCCAGUAGUUUUCGGCAAGCAAUUGCCAGUGGACAGCGGAGCCUGCCAAGGGACAUUUUGCUGGAUGAGUCAGGCUUGAGUAUCUAUAAGCGUUUUGUGCGCUAUGUAGCAUAUGAGAUCCUGCCUUGCGAGAUGGAUCGGCGUUGGUAUUUCUACCAGUACCGUGCAUGUCCACCUCCAGUCUUUAUGGCCAUCAUCACUGUUGUACAGAUUGUUGUAUUUCUGUGUUAUGGGGCAGUGCUGAACAAAUGGGUGCUGCAGACCUACAACCCAGAAUACAUGAAAAGCCCCCUGGUCUACCAUCCUGGCCACAGGAUUCGAGUCUGGAGGUUCUUCACCUACAUGUUCAUGCAUGUUGGAUUGGAGCAGCUGGGGUUCAAUGCACUUCUUCAGCUGAUGAUUGGUGUUCCAUUGGAAAUGGUACAUGGCAUUCUUCGAAUCAGCCUGCUGUAUCUUGCUGGUGUGCUGGCAGGUUCCCUGACUGUUUCCAUCACAGAUAUGAGAGCCCCGCUUGUGGGGGGCUCAGGUGGAGUGUAUGCUCUCUGUUCAGCUCAUCUAGCCAACGUUGUCAUGAACUGGGCAGGGAUGCGCUGCCCCUACAAACUCCUGAGGAUGGUUUUGGCACUCGUAUGCAUGAGCUCUGAGGUAGGACGGGCAGUUUGGCUUCGUUUUUCUCCUCCACUGCCCUCACUGGGUCCACAGCCCAGCUUCAUGGCACACCUCGCAGGUGCCAUUGUUGGAAUCAGCAUGGGUCUUAUCAUCUUGCGCAGUUACGAAGAGAACCUCCAUGACCAGUGUGCCUGGUGGGUCGUGAUGCUUUCCUAUGCCACCUUUCUCAUCUUUGCUAUCUUCUGGAACAUUUUUGCCUAUGAUCUUCUUGGGGUACAGAUUCCUCCUGCACCAUAGCACCCAAACUCUGGCCCCUGGGUAGUGUGUGCCAGAUGAGAAAAAAUGAAAAUAAAAGACUCUAGUAUCCACCAGAGUAAGCAAUGGAGUUUCUGACCAGCAUGAACUGGUUUUAAAUGGGCUGUGUUGGAUAUUUGUGCCAUUCUGUCAGGUACAGAGCUGCAACAAACACUGUCCUGUAUUUUUUUAAAGAUCUUGAGAUAUACGCAGUAAUUUUACCUCACUCUUUGUAGCAAACCAUUCAUACUAUGAUACAUUUUGUUUACCUGAGUGAAGAAUGUAACCUGAAUUUGAAUGUAAAUGAUGUGUCUCCUGUUUUUAAUGCCUAUACAGUCAUUUCCAUUACACUGAUCAUUCCAAGAGCGAUAAAUGGCUGUAAUAGCCAGUGGCAACAAUGCACAGAGUUUGAAACUAGUAAGUUGAAGCUGGAUCAGUAACUCAGUGAUGGGAUUUGAUACUGCCAUGUGACACUCUGGCUCAUGCUUGAGUGUGGGAAUCCUAUACCGAGGUUGGUGUGGACUUGAAAAUCUCAUCUCAUAUAGAGGAUACAAAUAGAUUAUCUGGUAUGUACAUGGCCAUUUUUCAUGCCAGUUAUAUUGUGGUAUCAGCAUUGCCUUCUGUAGCCAUGGUUGUUCUGAAGGCACAUAUACAAGAUGCAAGCUUAAGUGCUUAUGAAUUGGGUUCAUUUAGUAACCCAUAUGCCAGGAUGGUGUCCAGAAAGAGACAAAGAUAAAGUCAACAGGUUUGGUCAGCUUGCCUUCCUUAGGUUAGGGGAGUGGUGGGGGUCUUCCAGGGUCACUCCAAUAGUACCCCCUGCUGGAAACUGUAGGAAUUACAGAAGGAGGUGCGAUAAGAAAUGAGGGGGGAGGGAAGACACCUUAUGCUUUGUGCAGAUUUGGAAGUGAUAAUGAGUCAGCCCCUUAAACAGAGCCACUGCACACUCUCCUUUGAGGAAAUAUACAUGGGUAGGGUAAGGUGAUGCCUCCAGAUACUCAGUAUGAUGACAACAGUUAUCGAUACCUCAACUCUCAUCCCAGUCAUGGAGAAGGAAUUACUCAUGAGUCACAGUACCAGAAUGAUACCAUAUCGUCAUCUGGAUAUAUGUUAAUUAAUAGUGGAAAUAAAGGGAUUUCUUAAGGCACCAUGAGUGUUAUCUGCAACCUCAAUGAUUGCUAAGCAUUGGCAGGUCAAGAUAGAAAAUAAAAAGCAGAUUUCCAUCUUGCAAACAAUGGUGUUAUUAAAGCAGUGAAUACUGUUGCUUCUGUCUUGAGGAUCUCAGAUCCAUUAGCCAAGCCCACUUACUGUUUACUCCAAUGUUUAAACAACCAGAAGAGCCUUAUCCAUUGGUGCUGUAAUGACAGGUGCUUAUUUAACCUUUCUUGUAUUACAAAGCUGUUGUUAAAGACACUGAAUGCUUCUCUUCAUUCUGAAUCUGAUGCCUUUUCUUUGUCCCAUUUUUGAAUUUGAGAAUUUAACGAUGAUCAUGGGUCCUCAUCAUACCAUGUAAUGUAAUUCAUUGUUUAUAACAAUGUGUAAGACUAAUCAUUAAAGAGGGCUACAUGUCCUCAACUAGAAAUGGG